AAAAACCAUCCAGCAAAACUAAUACUUCGAUUAAUACUUUAUUUAAAAGUCAAAUUUAAUUACCCAUAUUGGCCCAUAUAGAUUAUGGGCAUAUCCGAGGAAGUCAAACUGGAAGAAUUACCGCAAGAAGCCAAAUUAGCACAUCAGGAUGCAAUUCCUGAUCGUUCGGCCUCCUGCAUUGUAACUACUGGAACAAGUGGUGGUACUAAUAGUCCUAUUUCCGAUGUUAACAGUGAAGGUGACUUAGAUGAAUAUGCGCCCAAGCGUAAACAGCGUCGUUAUCGCACUACAUUUACAAGUUUCCAACUAGAGGAGUUAGAGAAAGCCUUCUCACGUACUCAUUAUCCAGAUGUUUUUACAAGAGAGGAACUUGCUAUGAAAAUUGGUCUGACAGAGGCUCGCAUACAGGUCUGGUUUCAAAAUAGACGAGCCAAGUGGCGCAAGCAGGAGAAAGUCGGUCCGCAGUCACAUCCGUACAAUCCAUAUUUACCAAGUGGACCGGGUGCUAUACAAACAGUGGUCGGCUCAACGUUGCCGCCGAAUCCGUUUACGCAUUUAGGCUUUAAUUUACGAAAGCCGUUCGAUUCGCCGGCGAAUUUGGCGGCCUUUCGUUACCCACAUUUAUCAGGUGCACCAAUAUUGCCAACGGGAUACUUCAAUCAAUUUCAAAGAACUGAUUUUUACAGAGCUCCGCCGCAUUUGCUGGCCCCCGGCAUGCCUACCAUGUAUUCACCAUCAACUUCCUUUCAAUCACUUUUAGCAAAUAUUGGCGCUGUGCCACGUCAGCCACCAACAACAAUGAUAACUAAACCACCAAUGCUGAUUGGCUCGCCGGAUAUUCAUUCGCCAAAUCAUGUGAUUGCUUCACCACCAACUUCACCGUCAUCGGUAGCAUCUCAAUCAGCUAGCGUUCAGCAGCAGCAAACGUCACAAUCCCAACCAACAGCGCUAUCGCAACAACAGCAACAGCAGCAACAGCUUGUAACCAUACCAAUGUCACAUCAGGUUGUGUCACCAACAGCUCCAUCACAAUCCACGACACAAGGUACACAAGGCGGUCAGGUAGUCACACUUGCGCCUUCACCAACUCAACAACAACCACAACAGCAGCAACGCCAUCAAACGACAACAGUUGCAGCAAAUCGUCCGGUAACGCCGCCAGAAGAUCGUCGCACUUCAUCAAUCGCUGCCUUGCGACUGAAGGCACGUGAACAUGAACUUAAGUUGGAAAUGCUACGUCAAAAUGGACAUGGCGAUGUGCUUAGCUAAUAUCGCGCACCUUCACCCCUACUAGUAGUGCUUGCCCUUAAUUAUUGCCGGCUCUAGUAAUACUAGACGCUAAUGACAUCUUGAUAAUUCAAAAAAUUUUAUUUUAAAAAUUAACAUUUUUUUUGAAUUUCGUAGGAAAC